AUGUCCCGCGGCGUGAGAGCCGCCCGGGCCCGGUGCUCCGAGCUGGAGCGCCUCAUCGCCGGCCGCGCCCGCUCGGGAAGCCUCGGCCUCGACGACGCACUCAAGCUAUUCGACGAGUUGCUGCCGCACGCCAGGCCCGCCUCGGUCUUCGCCUUCAACCACCUCCUCAACGUUGUUUCUCGCGCCCGGGGCUCCUCCUCCACCUCGGAACUCGUCGUCUCCCGCUUCAACCGGAUGACCCGCACCUGUGGCGGCAACAAGGUGCGUCCGGAUCUUUGCACGUACAGUAUCAUCAUUGGCUGCUUCUGCCGCCUGGGCCGCCUGGAGCUUGGGUUCGCUGCCUUUGGCCUCGUCCUUAAGACGGGCUGGAGGGUGAAUGGCGUAGUGAUCAACCAACUGCUCAAAGGCCUCUGCGACAUGAAGAGGGUGGAUGAGGCCAUGGACGUGUUGCUGAGACGGAUGCCCGAGUUUGGUUGUACGCCCAAUGAAUUUUCCUACGCCAUACUUCUCAAGGGUUUCUGCAACGAAGGGAGAGUUGAGGAGGCGCUGGAGCUGCUCCACAUGAUGGCUGAUGAUGGAGAUACAAGCUGCCCACCAGGUGCGGUGUCGUACACCGUCAUCAUUGGUUUCUGUAGAGACGGUCAAGUGGACAAGGCUUACAGCCUUUUUCUGAAAAUGUCAGAUCGGGGAAUUUCGCCUGAUGUUGUGACAUACACGACGAUAAUCGAUGGUCUGUGCAAAGCUCGAGCAGUUGACAGGGCUGAGGGUAUCCUUCAGCAGAUGAUCUGUAAAGGUGUUAAGCCAAAUACUCAGACAUAUAAUUGUCUAAUCCAUGGAUAUUGCUCUAUGGGGCAGAGGAAAGAAGCGGUUCGAAUGCUCAAAGAAAUGUCUGCACAUGGUCAUGAGCCAAAUGUUGUUACUUACAGUUUACUGCUUGACUAUCUUUGCAAAAAUGGAGAAUGCACAGAAGCUAGAAUGAUUUUUGAUUCUAUGAUUCGGAAGGGCAUAAGACCCAAUAUAAUUACCUAUGGCAUUCUGCUUCGUGGGUAUGCUGCCAAAGGAGCUCUUGCUGAUAUGCAGAACCUCCUAGACUUGAUGAUUGGAAAUGGUAUUUCACCUGACCAUCACAUUUUCAACAUAGUGUUCUGUGCAUAUGCUAAAGGUGGUAUGAUAGAUGAGGCAAUGCGUAUUUUUAACGGAAUGAGUCAGCAAGGACUGAGUCCUGGUGCAUUCGACUAUGGAGCAUUAAUAGACUCACUGUGCAAGGUCGGCAGAGUGGACGAUGCUAUGCUUACAUUCAAUCAGAUGGUAAAUGAAGGAGUGACUCCAAACAUCGUUGUUCUUAACUCCCUAACUUAUGGACUGUGCAGCAUUGACAAAUGGGAGGAGGCUGAGAAAUUACUCUUUGAAAUGUUGGAUCAAGGAAUUCGUCCCGACAUAGUAUUCUUCAGCACAAUAAUGUGUAACCUAUGUAAAGAAGGACGGAUCAUGGAAGCCCAAAGUGUUAUUCACUUGAUGGUACAUGUAGGUGUGAGGCCUGAUGUUAUUUCAUAUAAUAUAUUAAUAGAUGGCUACUGCUUAGCUGGUAUGAUGGAUAAAGCCAUGAAGUUACUUGAUGUUAUGGUCUCUGUUGACUUAAAACCUGAUGUUUUUUCCUAUAAUACUUUGCUUCAUGGCUAUUGUGGAGCUAGCAGGAUAGAUGAUGCAUGUAGACUUUUCCGAGAAAUGUUGAGCAACAAUAGCUUGUGUUCUAAGGAUUUUCAACUUGACAUGAUUACUUUCAAUAUUAUGAUCAAUUCUUUGCUCAAAAGUGGCAGAAAGGAAGAUGCAAUGGAUUUGUUCACUGCUAUCUCUGCCCAUGGUUUAGCUCCAAAUAUCGUGACAUAUCGCAUAAUUAUGGAAAACCUUGUAAAAGAAGGGUUGCUAGAAGAGUUUGACAAUCUGUUUUCAGCAAUGGAAAAUAGUGGUUGUGCUCCGAACUCACGCUUGCUAAAUGCUCUAGUUAGGAGACUGUUGCGUAGAGGUGACAUAAGCAGGGCUGGGGCUUACCUUUCCAAAAUUGAUGAGAAGAAUUUGUCACUUGAGGCUUCCACUAUGGCCUUGCUAAUAUCAAUUUUUUCAAGAGAGGAAUAUCAGCACCAUGUGAGGUCCCUGCCUAAAAAGUAUCAUUUUCUUGAGGAAGUAAAGAAAUGA